AUGGAGGAUUUGUUGCAAAGUAGAAUUCGUAGUCGCAAUGCUUACUCUCUUCAUACUAAAUAGCAAUAAUCCUCUCAUUAAUAAGGAAGUUAAAACACCUUGAAAAUACUUUCUCAUAGCUUACAUUAAUAAUAAUAAAGUCAGCAAUUAAAUCAAUUAAAUUUACAAAGAACUGAGUCUCGUUUUUAGAUCAUAUAACCAAAACAUAUUUAAUAUAUUGGAUUAAUCUCUAAUUCAAUUAAAACUCUUAAUACAAGUUCUUCACCUGAAAAGAUUAUUGAAUCACCAUUAAAAGGUAGGAUUAAAUAGAGUCGAAUAUUGAAGACUUCACUUCAUCAUUCUCGUAUAAGUCCUGAAAAUAGAUUAAUUUUUAAAUAAAGAUUGAAUAAAAUUGAUGAAUCCAUACAAUAUAUUAAAGAUAGACAUAAUUAAUUUAAUGGAAUUAGUUCUAAUAGUUAUAAAAAGAUGUGUGAAAUGAUUAAUAAAACUGAAUAUAUGAGUGUUGAUCAUAAUUAAAAUAUCCAAAUUCCAUUAAUAAAAUUAAUAAAACCAGAACAAAUUGAAAAUAAUGAAAAUAGUUCAAAUCUAGUAUAAAAAUUAGCUACUUAAACUAUGCAAUGGAGUGAAUCCAAAAAAAAAUAAAGAUCAAAACUUGAAUAGAGUGUAUAUUAUAAAACAAAUAAAUGGUAAAAAGCAAGACUUUAAAUUUUAUAAAACUUUUCAUAUCGUCACAAUAAUACUUUAUAUUCUAAAAAAUACAUGAUUACAUAAUUAAAGAUACCAUAUUUGAGACAUAAUUCUAAAUAAAUGUUUAUGGCUUUAAAAUAAAAAAAUUAUCACUAAUUACUUAAACAUCUCUCAUAUAAUAAAUCAUUUAUUCAUGAAGUUGAUAAUUCUCUUAUGACUCCAUUACAUAUAUCAUGUUAAUAAGGUUUAUAUGAUAUUACAAAAAUGCUUUUAAGAUUUAAGGCUGAUGUUAAUGCAUUGGAUAAAAAUAAGAAAUCUCCCCUUUAUUAUGCAUUAAGUAAUGGUCAUACAGAAGUAGUGAAAGUAUCAUUUUUUUUUUAUUUUAAAAGAUGCUCCUCAUACAUGAUGCAUUUCCUUAUUCAGAUAAUAAUUGUAAUUAUUCUCAAUUCUUUCCAAAUAAAGUCAUGAAAGAAUUGUUCAGAGUGGCCAAAAGAGUAAUAAUAUAUUUAUUUAUAGAUCUUUACUUUGAUGCUAAUUUGUCCAAAGAACAAAAGGAAUAAAAUGAAAGAAUAUUUAGAAAUUAAUUUUUUGAAUGAAUAUUCUCUACCUAAAAACUUGCUUGCAUGA